UCGAAAUUGAUGUAAUAAAAAAAUAAUAAAAAUUUUAUUAAAAACUGGAAAGAUUUCUUUUUAGUUUUUAUUUUUUAAUAAUUUUAAUUCAAUUAAUAUAUUGAUAAUUAAUUUUUAAAAUAUUAAACACGAUCCAGUCUUUAAAUUUCAUUUACAACAGAUUAAUAAAGUAACAAACACACAAGGCAAUAACGAUUCAUCGACUUUUGGAAACCAUAUUGGAUAAUCAGAAGUCAAAAAUUUAAAAACAGAAAAAACAAGAAGCACAGAGAAGAUUAAGAUUUUCUUUUCAUUUUCAAUAUAAAGAACACGACAUUUGUGGAGCAUUCAAAUUAAUUUCGGAAGGAAAAAAAGAAGAAAUAUUUCAGUAUAUACAUUUAUACAUACAUACAUACAUACAUGCAUACAUAAGUAUAUGUAUUGCAAAAAAUAAUUUUUCAAUUUUUUAUUAAUUAAAUUUUCGUUUUUUAAAACAAAAAAAGGAAACCAAAUUAAAUUUUAUAUAAAUGACGGUUAAAAUUACAUCCUUUCUACCAUCGAUACCAUCGUAUUCAACAAACAUGAUAACAUCACGACGGGAUCAUCCAUUUAAUAAAUCAACACGUCCAUUAUUAAUGGAAAGAAAACCGCAAUUACUAUUAAAAAAGAAAAUUAUUAAUUUUAAUGAUAAUAAUUCAAUUAAUAGUAAUAAUGGUAAUACAAAAUUGCAUCAUGGUUUUAAUGAUUUCGAUGAUAUUAUGUCACAACAAUUUAAUAGAAAUAUAAAUACACAUAUCGGUUAUCCAUAUGGUAGUCCACCACCAUCACCGACAAUAACAGGAACAGCAACAACAACAACAGCAAUUAAUAACUCAAAUGGAAAUACAAUAAAUAAUUUUCGUUUUUCUGAUGAUAUUACAACAACAACAACAAUAACAAAUAACGGUAUUAAUAAUUUAGGUAUAUCAUCAAUAAAUACAAUAUUCAAUAAUGAUAUAAACUAUCAAAAUCUUAAUCAUAAUCAACAACAACAGCAACAAAAUCAAUUAGAAUCAUUACCAAAACCAUAUCCACCAUCAGCAUGUGAUGAAGAUAAUUUUUUUCCAUCAUUAAAUAAUGAUAAUCAAACAUUACCAAUAUCAAAUAGAAUAACAGAACAAUAUAAUAAUAAUUGGAAUAUAAAUAAUAGGAGACAGCAUAAACAAAAUCAAUACCAACAACAAGAACAACAUCAAUAUGAAAAUCAAUUUUCAUCAUCAAGAAUAUUACAUCAUAAUUUUAAUAAUACAAAUAAUUUUCAAUCAAAUUUUCAAAAUAUUGGUAAUAAUAUUAAAAAAUAUAAUAAUGAUAAUAAUGAUAAUAAUACAAUAAAUGAUAAUAAUUAUGAUGACAUUAAUAAUUAUGAAAAUAGUGGACCAUUUAUAUUUGGUGUUCAUGAUAAAACUAAUUUUAAUUAUAAAAAUUCAACAAUUACAACAACAUCAACUACACCAACAACAACAACAACAAAUAAUAUUAGAAAUAAUAAUACUGUGAUAAAUUCAUCAAAUAGAAGAAAUUUUUUUAAUAAAAACAAAAAAGAUAAAACGGUAGCAUUUAAUCAAACGAACAGUGAUACUAGUUCCAGUUCAAAAGAGGGCGAUAAAGAAUCAAAAUUUUUAGUUAAAUGUCGAAGGAAAUUAUCGAAACGUGAUCAUACAGACGACGACAACGACAAUAAGAAUAAAAAACAAGGAAAAGAAAAAUAUCAACCGAAUAUCAAAUGUGUCCUUGUUGGAGAUGGAGCUGUUGGUAAAACAAAUCUUAUUGUUUCAUAUUUAGAAAAUCGAUUUAUUGCAGAACAUGUCCCAACUGCCUCAGAUAUAUAUAAUGCUGAAGUUAUGGUCAAUGAUAAUCCCGUUGAUGUUUGUCUAUGUGAUACAGCUGGUCAAGAUACAUUAGAUCCUUUAAGGGAAUUAUGUUAUCCAGAUAGUGAUGUUUUUUUAUUAUGUUUUUCUGUUGUUAAACCGGAUACAUUUAAUUCAAUAAAAAUAAAAUGGGCACCAAAAUUUUCAAAAUCAAAAGCAGCUUUAAUAUUAGUUGGAACACAAGCAGAUUUAAGAAGUGAUAUUCAUGUCUUAAAUAAAUUACAGACUCAAGGAGAAAAACCGAUUUCAUUUACGGAUGCUUGUGAUUUUGCUACUUCAAUUGGUUCCAAGUAUAUAGAAACAUCAUCUUUAACUCAGGAUAAAAUUAAAGACGUUUUCGAUGCUGCCAUUUGGGAUGCUUUACUACCGAAUCACUUGCCACCAAAACCUCCAUUGUGGAAACGAUUAUUAUGUUUAGCUUAAGUGUAAAAAAAAAUUUAAGAAAAUAAUCUAAAUUGAAUGUUUUUUUUUUAAUAAAAUAAUUAAGUUUAAAAAUUGUAAAGAAUUUGAUUUAUUAAAGAGUAAGAUUUAGCAGAAAUAAAAAAAAUGGACUUGAAAAAAAAUU